GUAUAUAAUAAAAUGAAAAUACUAUUAACUUUAAUAAUUAUAUUUUCAAACUAUCUUUUUUCUAAAGGACAACCACCUGUUGAUGAUGGUAGAUUAAGACCUUUAGAGAUGAAUGUUGUGUUAAGAAAUUUUAAACCCGAUAGAUCACCAGAUUUUGGUAUCCCUUUAAAUAUGGGAGGUGUUGUUCCAGGCAUUAUGGCCCCCACUUUAGGAGAAAAUAAAAGACCACAGUAUUGCUGUGGCGAAAACCCAUUCCUUGCUCCUGAUGGAACUGUUUUGGUACAUAAUGAAGAAUCGUUUAAUCAAUGGUUUGAUUCUGAUGCCAAAUGUACCAAUUAUCUACUUACUUUCCCGCUAACUCUUGAUGCAUGGGAUGAUGAAGUUCAAAUUGGUGAUGCUGGGCCAUUUGCCCCAACUGCCGGUAUUGGUUUUGGCAACCCAGUUGAUUUUCCAGAAUAUGCAAGAGAUCCAUUCAAUCAAUACUAUUGCUUCGAACUUCAUUUGUCAACAGUUGCUACUGAUCCUGAUAUUGAUGUCUUCCGUUUCUCAGCAUAUAGCGAACUCUGGGUAUAUUUCAAUAAUAGUUUGGUUUUCGAUAGUGGUGGCGAUACACAAGGUUUCGGCGCUAGUGUUAAUUUCGAGUACAAAUCCAUUCCAACCCUCAAUUUUGAUGGUACAACUGUUUACCCAAUAGAUGUCUAUACCUGUCUAAGAUCUACAGAUAAUUUCCCAGAUGGAUCUCCACUUAACUUGCUUUCACAGGCAAAUCUUUUCUGUAGUUGGAUAGAUGCCAAUGGUGUAUGUAACGGAGAUAACAUUACUGCUCCAUGUAUCGAUGACCCACUAUCGUGUGUAACCAAAACACCAAUAUGCGGAAAUUGCAUAUCAGGACCAAGACAAUGUAACGGUGACCCAACCAUGUGCACCACACCAAAAUGUAUCGAAGGCCAAGGCUGUCAAAUGGUUGAUAUUGACUGCAGUGGCGAAGAUGUUUGUAUCGAAAACGUAUGUGAUGAACAAUUAGGUUGUAUUGGUAACCCUAUACCAAACUGCUAUUGUAACUCUACAACUUGUGUAACCACAGAUGAAUGUCUUCCACGUUCGUGUAUUGAUAAUCAAUGUAUUGCUAUUCCAGUUGACUGUUCUAUAUUUUUACCAAAUUGUGAAGAAUCAUUCUGUAACGCUGGUGAAUGUAUCUGUACAGUAAAUCCUGGCACCACCGAGGAUGUCACAUCUGAAGUUGUCACCACCGAUUUACCAACCAUUACAUCCACAAUAUCCGUUACAACCACAUCAGCCACCACCACAUCAGCUACCACUACUGGCUCCGAAACCAUAACAUCCACCGGCAUUACCACCCACUUCAGACCAGAAAACCACAUUUGCUCUGAUGACUCUUGCCCACAUAAAUACUGCUGUAUACAAUUAAAGAAGAGCUAUACCUGUGUUUCAAAAUAUUUUGAAGAUCAAUGUUCCCCACAAAUAUUAUCAGACUUCUUUUAAAAACAAGUAAAAUAUUUUUUAAUAAAAACCGCAAUAGUUUAAAUUGGAGAUGUUCCCUAUUGUUAAAAAUUAAUCAAUUAUUUAAAAAACAAAUGAUCAAUUAAAAUCAAAAAAAAUCAAAAUAAAGCAAAUUAUUAAAUCAAUAAAAAUAUAAUCAUAUUUUGCAAUUUUAUUUAAUUAAAUAAAAAUUAUUUUAAUAAUUGAUUUUUUUUUG